AUGCUUGCUCUGAGAUAUUCUGCCCACAUGACAUUCUUGGCAGCGUCCAUGAGCUUGGUUUCGGCAAUCUGCCCUGGCUAUAACUUCGCCUUCUGGAAUAUAGGGAGUAAAUGGUACUAUGUCACUGAUGUCAGCUGCAACCGCGUAUUGACAGCCGUCUGUGACAAUCCGUGCACUUGCGGUGUUUUCAGCUGCAGCCCUGAUCCAGCUUAUGUCAACGGUUUGACAAUCGACGGCCUCUAUUACAACUGCCGUGACGACCCCAAUAAGGGUGUUUGCGAUCCGCCCGGUGAUCUCGUAGGGCAAUCACCAGAAUCCUGUUGCCGUAAUGACGGCCGGCGCAACUUUGCAGAAGGCCUCAUUACCGAGCGCCAUUUUGAAGCCAUCAGUGCUACCAAUGAGAUCCUGGAUCGACAUAUCGUGGAGUACGAUGAGGCUGUCGUGAAAGGACGAAACCUGGGGAUGCUGAGAGCUCGUCAACUCGUUGAAGUCGAAGAGUCUGUGAAGCGCGAGGCAGAGGUCGCCCAACUGGCCGAGUGA